CCGUCGCUUGGUGGCGCGGGUUCGAGUCCCGGUGUCGGCUGCGAUGGCGGACGCGGAGCCGGAGGCGGAGGACGGCAGCGAGGAUGGCGGUGGCGGCCAGGCUCCCCCCGGCCAGGGCGGCAGCGCAGCGCGCCUGGCCCCGCUGGCGUCUGCAGCUGCGGGGGCCGCCGUGCUUCCGGCCGAUCGCCCAGGCCUCUGUCCAUUCAUGCGGCGUCUGUCGCGCUCGGCGGGGUCCCAGCGCCGCCGUCGGCGCGGGAAGCGCAGCCUCGCACGCCCUCCGGGGUACGACGUGAGGGCACUCCGGAUGCGACACAGCAUCGAUGGUCAGUGUCACUUCCCGGAUCACGCAGCUCUUGUUGACGAGCAACUGGAAGCCAUUUGUGUCAAGGUGAUAUCUGGAGAGAUGAAAGAUCAGGAAAGGCCGACGCCCCCACCCACCACCCUCCAGCCGGGGACAGCCAGGCUGAGCCUGUCACCCAGGGGGCGCUGCAGCGUGCUGGGGCCCAGGACACAGCGCCCCCUGAGCACUGGGCCACAGGCGCGCUUCCUGAGUCACUUGCCUCCGAUCCGGGUGUUAGUACAGAGGCCACUGCCCACCCUCCGGCCGGUGGCUCCAAAAGGACUGGGGGCCACGCUGGCCCCUCUGUCGCCUUUGGCCCCGCCCGCGGCGACAUCGGUUUCAUCCAGCUCCGUGAGCUUCUUUACUUCCAGCUUGCACUCGGAACGCAGGGAGAAGCUAAAAAAAUCUCUAAAAGUGAAGACGCGCUCUGGACGGGUAUCCCGACCUCCCAAGUAUAAAGCCAAAGAUUAUAAGUUCAUAAAAACGGAGGAUCUGGCCGACGGCCACUUGUCAGAUUCUGACGAUUAUUCAGAGCUCAGUGUGGAAGAAGACGAGGACCAGAGGGAAAAGCAGGUGCUCUUCGACUCGUCGGGCUGUUCCCUGAGGCCCAAGACGUUUAAGUGUCAGAUGUGUGAGAAAUCCUACAUAGGGAAAGGGGGCCUGGCCCGGCACCUGAAACUCAAUCCGGGCCACGGCCACCUGGAGCCGGAGGUGUCGCUGUGUGGGAGAGCCAGCAGGAGCACGGCCCGGGGCAGCGCCAACGGCGGGACUGCGUCCCCAGUGCUGCCCGCGUCAGCCCUCCUAAGCCAGGAAGGGACCCAGUCACCACCGGGUGGCCUGCAGAAUAGCCAGUCUGUAGAGGAUGAAGAGGCCUCGGUGUCCGGACCGGAGGAUGGACGUUAUCUGGGCCCUAGAAGAAUCGCCUUCGCCGCAGCCCCUGCCGAGGCCAGCGCGGCCGUCCGUGGCGGAGCCGCUCACCCGCCCGGGGGUGCCGGGCCCAGCGCCGCAGGGGCCCAGGGCGCCCCGGAAGCCAGAGCCCGGCUCAAGGAGUUUCUCCACCAGUGUGACCGAGAGGCCCUAGUGGACUUGGUGCUGCCUCAGCUGGCUCAGGUGGUGACCGUGUACGAGUUUCUUCUGAUGAAGGUUCAGACAGGUCAUCUAGCAAAACCUCUGUUCCCCGCUGUGUAUAAGGAAUUUGAAGAGUUGCAUAAAAGGGUUAAGAAGAUGUGUCAAGAUUACCUCAGUGGUUCUGGUCUGUGUUCCCAGGAGCCUCUGGAAAUAAGCAACAAUAAGGUGGCCGAGUCUUUAGGAAUCACCGAGUUCCUAAGGAAACAGGAAACGUGUCGGGAGUGCGUCCCGGGCCGGGCCGAGCUGGGGGCGACCGGGCAGAAGCGGGCGAACGAGCUGGCGGAGGUGGCACCUGCCUGGGUGAAGAGGACCAGAAGAGAUGCUCCGCCCCAGGACACCGGCCGCGGAGCCCCAGCGGCCAACGAGGGUCUUGCCCGCUCGGCGCCGGGUUCUGGCCCUGCAGGCCAGCGGCUGCGAGCGUCUGCCGACCCGGAGGCCAGGAGUGAGUGUGGGGCUCCUGCUGUCGUGUGGGAAGGCGCCAGCGGGCCGAGUCCGGGUCCUCAGUUCGGAGAGCCCAGGAUGCGGACACAGGGGCGGGCGCCAGCCCUCCCCGGAGAGAAGGCCCAGGAACACUCCGAGGACUGGGACGGAAGUGGGGACGGCCCGGGCAGCGGGGCUCUCUGCGGCACCCUGAUGUGCCCUGGAGGGGCGGCAUCCCUGCUGCCUUCCGGGCCUGGAGGCCUCGAGAGGCACGGCUCCCGAUGGACGUCCCGCCCCGGCGACGGCCUGCUCCCGGAGGCUGCCGGCCUCCCGCCGGACGGGGCUCUGUCCGCUGCCUGCGUCCCCGGGACCGUGCCCGAGCCGGGGUCUCCGCCGGGCCAGGCUGGGUCGCUGCCCACCGACGGGGGCCAGGGAAGCCUUGCAAGGGACGUGGGCCACCUCUCCCCCGGGCCCGAGGCAUGUGCCGACCGGAGAGAACUGGAGAGCGUUGCUGGCGCUGGCGAAGCUGUAGCUUCUGAAAUUACCACUGGGUGCCGUGAAUCUUUGUCUCAGGGACGGGGGCAGAUAUUUAUUCACUCCUCCGGCGGCUUUAUCUUGCCCCAUCCGAGUUCCGUGGUGCCCGGGGAGGAAGACACUGUCACGGCGGCUGGUGCGGCGGGGCCUGCCCGGCGGGGUUUCCUCUAGAAGCCACGGGGGCAGAGCCCUCCCAGUGAAGCGGAGUCGGACCCCAGGCCUGGCCGGGAGUGCGUUUUAUCCAAAGAAGGUCUAUAUGAAGUGAUAUGUAUUUUUCUAUUGUGGAUACUGACACAGAUGAACAUCUUAUUUAUAAAGAAUGAUGUCUUUGUACUUGG